AGCAGCAGGAGACAUGAGCCCCAUAAACCAUAAUCAAUCUCAGACGUCUGACGGCUGCAGCAGCGAUGUCAAACGGGGACAGGGUGGUUUUAGCGCUCGGUGGAGCAGGAACUGUCGGAUCCGGGAUAGUUAAAGCUUUCCUGGACAGAGGUUUCAAGGUGGCUGUGAUCUCCAGAGACGGCAGCAAGUUGGAGAAACUCAAAGGUUUCGUUUCACCCGGCACAAAAAGUAACCUGAUUACUUUAGUUGGGAAUGUAGGCUCAGAGGACGGAGUGGAGGAGGUGAAACAGGCCUUGCUGAAGUCAGUGGGAAAGAUCACAGAUGUGGUGUCGUCUCUGGGAUUCAGCUGGUGGCAGGGAGGACCACCGCACACACAGCCUCUUAAAGAACUGCACUGGGUUAUUGAGACUCUUCUUUUCAGCACAUUUGUGUCCUGGAAAGCAUUUUUUCCCCUAGUGAGAGACGAUCCUAACGGCACCUACACAUUUAUCACAGGAGGAGCUGGAGAGAAAGUGCUGAUGCCUGGCACAGGGUUCCUGACUGUAGGAGCCGCUAGUGCUCUGGCCUUCUGUCAGGUUCUGCGUGAGGAGUAUCCCGAUGUGCCAUGCAAACUCAACCAGGUGAAAAUCAACACAGGUGUUGCAGCCCCAGACCGAAUGGCCCCAGGGUACCUGAACCACUUGGAUUUAGGGGAGGCUGUGGCUACGCUGGUGGAGCGGCGCAAUACAUCCCACACAGUGUUCCCCGUGAGCUGUCCAGCCGAUCUAAAAACCGUCAUCUUGGAGGACAAUCUGUAAUAAAGCCCUGUCAGAUUUUCCCCUUUGUAUCCUGUUAGUCUUGCGUGUAUCGUUUUAUUGCAUGUCAACCAAACAUUUGCAUAUCGAAAAAUCCUCAGCUUGUCGUCAUAGUACAGUCAUAGCCUUGAAAUACUCAAAACAAAUCAGUAUAAUAGCCGAUGGAAUGGUACAGAUGCUUUUGGAGUGCGGUCGAGCGUAAACGCAGCCCUAGACAUGUAAACUUGACAUUGAAGAAGAGAGACGUGUGUGAGAACGGAUCUGAAAACAAACUCUUUUUCGUGCUUGGAGGAGAAGGGAGGGAAAAAAAAGAAAAGAAAAACAUGGCAGGUUGUUGGCACACUUGCGUCCCCGUAGCGUGACUCUCUGCCCUCGUUCACUGAUCUGGCUGCUGCUUCCACGGCUCCA